CGCGAGCUGUUGUGAUCGCUAUGGGUGGGCGCUCCUCGCGCUCCCCCCCUCCCCUCCCCCCUCCCCUCAGCUAAACAGUCAGCAGGUUAGGUUGAAUGGGAUAACGAUGGAGAGGGUCUGAGACGGGAGUGAAGAGAAGCGAAGAGGCGACGCGCUCGCUCGCUCCUCGCUGGGACUUGCGUCCGAAUGGGCAGCGUUUUCAGGCCUGGUGACUCAUUUAACCGAGGAGGAAUGACUACAUAAAUUGACAGCAACUUCCUGCCACAGUCAUGCAGGUUACAGAAGAACUUCGCAAUCUGCAGCUCUGAUUUCUUUUAGAGAAUGAGAAAAAGAUGUUAUCCGUCUUAAAGGAUCUAAUCUAGAGCAAAUAUAAACUUGGGGAAAAAAACUAAUUUUCACAGAACCUGAAGCUACCUGACCAGAGACGACAGUAAUAAUCAUGGCUUCUGUUUGGAAACGACUGCAACGUGUGGGGAAGCAUGCGUCCAAGUUCCAGUUUGUGGCUUCAUACCAAGAAUUAAUGGUAGAAUGCACAAAGAAAUGGCAACCAGACAAACUUGUUGUGGUUUGGACAAGAAGGAGCAGACGGAAAUCUUCCAAGGCUCACAGCUGGCAACCAGGAAUUAAAAAUCCAUAUCGUGGCGUUGUGGUGUGGCCUGUUCCUGAGAACAUUGAAAUCACUGUGACACUUUUCAAGGAUCCACAUGCGGAGGAAUUUGAAGACAAAGAAUGGACGUUUGUUAUAGAAAACGAGUCUCCGUCUGGACGUAGAAAAGCCCUUGCUACCAGUAGUAUAAAUAUGAAGCAGUACGCAAGUCCGAUGCCUACACAGACUGAUGUGAAAUUGAAAUUCAAGCCUUUGUCUAAAAAAAUUGUUGCUGCCACGCUACAGUUUUCUCUGUCUUGUAUUUUCCUGAGGGAAGGCAAAGCAACAGAUGAAGAUAUGCAAAGUCUGGCUAGUCUGAUGAGUAUGAAACAAGCCGACAUUGGAAACCUAGAUGACUUUGAGGAAGACAAUGAAGACGACGAAGAGAACCGUGUAAAUCAAGAGGAAAAGGCAGCAAAAAUUACAGAGAUAGUAAACCAGUUGAAUGCUCUGAGCUGCUUAGAUGAAGAACAAGAUGACUGCCUAAAACAAGCAAAUAAGCCUGCAGCUAAAUCAACCAAUUCUUCUGAAGAACUUAUAAAUAAACUAAAUUUUUUGGAAGAGGAGGAGGAGAAUCCAUCUAUCACAAAACUGAAUACAUUCGACGAGCUUAAUACAGAAGGAACAAAUCCAUUUGAAGAUCCUGAUGAAGAUGUUAAUAUAGAAGACAAAACCAUCAGAAUAUCACCAGUGACACGACCAGCUGAAUCCUUCUAUGACAAUGAUCCUAAUAACCCUUUUAAUGAACAAGGGGAUGAAAACUCCAUAAAUCCAUUUGAAGAAAAUGAUCCUGAACUCGGCAGAACUUUAGAAAAUAAAGCAAAAAUGACAGAAGCUCCAAAACCAGCUAAAAGACAGAAUGUCAAGCCUGUGGACAUGAGCAAGUAUCUCUACGCUGAGACAACCAAGACUGAGGAAGAGGAAUUAGAUGAAUCUAAUCCGUUCUAUGAGCCGAAGGCAUUACAUUCUACACGGAAUCAAGCCACAUUAGUGACAACUUCAGUGCAUCAGCCUGAGGCAGACAUAAAGACAAAGAGGAAAGCUCCAACACCUCCAGUACCUGAAAAUAAAUCCACACCAAAGACAGAAACUGUAAAGAUGGAUGUCAAACUCGCUGCUGUGAAGGAUCUGUCCACAUCACCAAAGCCAAGCCCGAUUCCAAGUCCAGUUCUGGGGAAAAAGCCAAAUGCUAGUCAGUCACUGCUUGCCUGGUGCAAAGAGGUGACAAAAAACUACAGAGGGGUCAAGAUAACAAAUUUCACCACAUCCUGGAGAAAUGGAUUGGCUUUUUGUGCAAUUCUGCAUCACUUCCGGACAGAUUUAAUUGACUACAAAUCUCUGAAUCCUCAGGAUAUUAAAGAAAACAACAAAAAGGCUUAUGAAUGCUUUGCAAGUUUGGGAAUAUCCCGAUUACUGGAACCUGCAGAUAUGGUUUUAUUGGCCAUUCCAGAUAAACUCUCCGUUAUGACCUACCUUUAUCAGAUAAGAGCUCAUUUCAGUGGAGAAGAACUGAAUGUGGUCCAGAUUGAAGAAAAUAGCAGCAAAAGCAAAUACAAAGUUGGUAACUUUGAAACGGACACAAAUAGCUUGAUUGAUCAGGAGCAAUUUUAUGCUGAGAUAAACGAUGUUAAACAUGAUGCACCACAACAGCAACCUAGCAGUGACUUAGUUGAUGGGUCACCUGAGGACGACACUGUAUUUGUAAAUGACAGUGAUGCUGGUGAGUCAGAAAUUGAGCGCCAGACUCCUGGUGACCAUCUGAGUACCAGUGAAGCAUUGCCUUCCUCAAGAAGGACUAAAAAUGACACUGAUCCUCAAAUAAAUUAUCGUCUCACACAGAGUACUGCUUGGAGUUCUGUGUCAGAGGGCACUGGUGAAAGCGAAAGCCUGGAAACAGCACCAUCACCAGUACAGCCAUUAGUAGACAAAAAGAAGUUGCUGAAAGUAGACAUUUUAGGGUUGAGUGACUUAUCAGAUGUCAUUGAAGAACAAGAAGAGAAAUCACCGACGCCGAUAUCUGAGGAUGCCGUGCAGGAAACCCACUGGAGAUCAUUUGACACCAGUAGCCGCUCUGAACAGGGCAGACUUCAAUAUUCCGACUCUGCAAACAGCAGAAGUCCAGAGUCCAGUCCUCCCCUGAGGAAGCCCAGCACCUCCCCAGUCCAUAAAUUGGGGUUCUCUUACAGCAGAGAUACAGAUCUCAUCAAGAAGAAACGUACAACAUUGAGGCAUUCUGAAUCUGAAUCUUCAGUAGGUAAUGCCAGCACACCAUUGAACCAAUUAGAUCUACAGAACAAAGGUAUAGAGCUCAACUCUGUCCCACAAUCGGAAGUCAACGAGGAAAAGAGGCUAGCAACAAGACAAGAAGAACUUAAAGAGCGAGCAAGACUUCUUCUGGAGCAGGCGAGGAGGGAUGCAGCUUUAAAAGCAGGAACUAAACCGUUUGCUCACCAGUCACUGACACCAACCCGCAUCAGGCAUCUGAAUGAGCAGCAAGAUGAAGAACGACGUCGGCAGCUGAGGGAGAGAGCUCGUCAGCUAAUUGCAGAGGCUCGAUCUGGUGUGAAGAUGUCUGAACUUCCAAGCUACAAUGAAAUGUCUGCCGAAAAGUUGAGAGAAAGGUCAAAGGCAGCUGGAGAUGAUAGUGUUGGGGUAGAUACUAAUGAGGAAAGUCCUGAAUGCUCCUUUUUGGGAGGUGGAGAUGAACAUACUAACAUACAAACUGAACUUGAUUCUUUUGGAGGUCACAACAGUAGGCUGGUGGACUUGAAGCUUAAGAAGCUCCUAGAGGCUCAGCCACAGGUGGCAAAUUCACUAUCUACUGCUGUGCAGAAAGUCUCCACUGACGGUGCAGAACAAGAGGAACUCAAGGAUGAAAUAGAAGAUCUCCGUGCGGAGCGGUUACAUAAAGCAACCGAACGUUUGCGGACUCCUGUAGUGUUCAAUAAAGAUUCAGCAGUGCGGAGAACCCAUCUUCAGUCAUUUAGCCAGUACGUGGAAAACAGACCAGAGAUUAAAAGGCAGAGAUCAAUACAAGAAGAUCCAAAGAAAGGAAAUGAGGAAAAAACGGCAAUAUGUGAAACAACUCCGAGAAAGCCAUCAGAAGAUGAAGUACUUAGUAAAGGGUUCAAAGACACCAGUCAGUAUGUUGUAGGGGAAUUGGCAGCACUGGAGAAUGAGCAGAAGCAAAUUGACACCCGGGCGGCAGUGGUGGAGAAGCGCCUUCGCUAUCUCAUGGACACAGGGAACAACAAAGAGGAGGAGGAAGCAAUGAUGCAAGAGUGGUUUGUGUUGGUCAACAAGAAGAAUGCCCUGAUAAGACGACAGAACCAGCUUUCACUAUUGGAAAAAGAACAUGAUCUUGAGAGACGUUUUGAACUGCUAAAUCGAGAAUUACGAGCGAUGCUGGCAAUUGAAGACUGGCAGAAAACAGAGGCCCAGAAAAGACGUGAACAGCUUUUGCUGGACGAACUCGUUAUCCUGGUAAACAAGCGGGAUGCCCUGGUCAGGGAUUUGGACGCCCAGGAAAAGCAGGCCGAGGAGGAGGACGAACAUUUGGAACGAACUCUUGAACAAAACAAGGGCAAAAUUGUCAAGAAAGAAGAUAAAUGUGUACUCCAGUGAGCUGCACAAAGACUUUGAACCCCAUCUCCCCCCCCUCCCCUCCCACCCACAAACACACAGACGUCAUAUAGAAAAGCUUUUAACUGUCAUAUUUUAAUAAUAAUAAUAAUAGUAAUAAACGUAUGCGAUGGAAUUGGGAUGAUGUGUAACUGUGUAGGGUUGUAAACUGUGUGUGUGAUGUUUUAUGUCGGCAGGAUUUUAUAUCUCUGCCUUACAUCCAUGUACUUGGCGGCAUUAAUUGUUCUAAAGAAAUUAUGUUUUGUUACAAAGAAAAAGAAAGAGCCAGGAGUGUAAUUCUCGGUUUGCAUCGCAAAGCAGUGAUGAUUAAAGGAGGUCU